CCGGGAAGGUACGUGACGUCAUCCGCGGACGCGUUGUCGUCAUAUCAGCGGGAGUGUGGAGCUGUCUUUACGUCAUUGUGCAAACUUUCCAACAUUUCCCAGUCCCCUGCCCGCGUCUGCUCCCUGUAUCAUGAUUCUCCAUACAUGGCUGCUCAGCCAACUUCUGCCCACAGAAAACCCCCACCUCAGCCAGUGAUUGGCUGAGCAGUCACUUCCUGUGUGUCGAGAGGGCCCAGGAAGUGGCAGCUGGGAUGGCUGGAUGUGGUGAAAUUACCCACACUGCAAACAUGUUGCCCUCAAAUAAGAAGCUUGGAGAAGCUUGCUCCAACGGCGCUCCAAGCCUUGCAGUCCCUGAAUGUGCUAUAUGCCUACAAACCUGUGUACACCCAGUCAGUCUUCCUUGCAAGCACAUCUUCUGUUACCUGUGUGUGAAAGGAGCUUCGUGGCUUGGAAGGCGAUGUGCACUUUGUAGACAAGAGAUCCCUGAGGACUUCCUAGAGAAACCAACUCUGCUUUCUCCUGAAGAACUAAAGUCUGCCAGCAGAGGGAAUGGGGAGUAUGCCUGGUACUAUGAAGGAAGAAAUGGUUGGUGGCAAUAUGACGAGAGGACAAGCAGAGAGCUUGAAGAUGCCUUCACAAAGGGCAAAAAGAGCACUGAGAUGCUUAUCGCUGGCUUUCUUUAUGUAGCUGACCUAGAGAACAUGGUCCAGUACAGACGAAAUGAGCAUGGACGACGCAGAAAGAUGAAACGGGAUAUCGUAGAUAUACCGAAAAAAGGUGUGGCCGGCUUAAGACUAGACUGUGAUGCAGCUAACGUAAGUCCUGCAAGGGAAAGCUCAGCAGAUGGUGCCGACAACAUCGCAACGCUUGGAGCUUCAUCGGCCCAAACUACUGCUGUUUUACCUGCCAGACCUCACAUAGUCCUUGGUAGCCAGACUGCAAAUCCCCCCCUUCCACAUAGUGAUGGGAGCACUUCCCUUGAUAAUGUAUUCUCCCAGCUUCAGAUUGGAGACCUUGCUGCAGAUAGAAAUAAUAUUGGGGAAGGUGAGGAAGGACUGCUGCAGCCUGCAAGUAGAGUGCCACCCGCUGAUGCCAUUGUCAGUGACCCUGACUCAGAUGACGGCAGCAGCCAGGAGAUUCUUUCAGUGCAACAGAAUGUAUUUCUUCAGCAGAGACACACAGUAAUAGGGGCUGCCCAGCCACCACCAGAUCGCCCCGUUGCAGCAGCAAACGGUUCGCAGAGUACCGUUGUACGGUCUAGAAGACCCGAUGGACAGUGCACGGUGACCGAAGUCUAAAAGAGUGUUCUGUGCUUCUAUUGAGCCAUGUGAGAUGUCACUUCAUAGAGAAUACUGACCCGUAACAUGACAUUUUUCUUGAGUGAUUUCAGUUUUAAGCUGGAAGGGCUAUUUAUAAGUAGAUACCUGAUGGAUUGGCAAUGUGAGUGCCUGCUACUUUUACAUUGUAUUUUGAUGGGGAGCUAAACCAGAAGGUAUGGAUCACUUAAAUUAGUGAGUUGAAGUAUCCCUUCUUGUGUAUUGCUCCCUCGGAAAUACAGCGCAAGAUAUUGGUGGAUGGGAGUUGAACUCGGGAAAGAUGGGAAUAAAGUGGAGGUGUUAAAGCAUACUACUUAUCUAUGUAAUCGCCAUCUAAAACAAUGACGUGUUUUCUCUUCUUCCAUAGUUGACAAGUCUUCUAUUAAUGUGUGUUCCAGAGAAAUGUCAUUAGGCCUGGUUUACAUGUGGCAAUUAUUGCCUAGAUCCAGACGAGAAUGCUAGGACAUAAUAUGCAGCAUAACUGACUUUAACCAUUUUUAGAGCUUGGGUCCAGCAAGAACAACGGUGACGCCCUCUUUGCACCAAAUGCCUAAUUUGCAUAUUGAGAAAAAGUAUCGUAGCUCAAGAACAGAUCCUCAGAUCAAAAAAUAAAAACAAAAUCAGGUGAACUACCGCCAAGAGAGCGAGCUUGCUGGUGGCAGAUUCCCUUUCAUUGUAGAAUUAAACGCAUGCAUUUUUAUGCAGUUUUUGGAGUGUAAGCAUCCAAAAGGAAGCAGAGUUGUAAAGGGGAAGACUUAUCCUCUCGUUGUGGGAUUACAGCCUAAGGACCCCCACACACACAAAUCUGGUCUGGCGGGUUUUUUUUGCUUCCCAAAAACAAACAUCUUGCUGUUUUUUCCAAUACUGCAUGUGUUUUUUAUGGAGAUUUUUCUUGCGGAGUUAAAAGAAAAAAUAAAAAAAAUGCCAGAGACACAAAAGAGGGCUCCAAUUACUUAAAAAUGGCCACUAGCCAAAAAUACUUCUGUGCCCUGCAUUUUUUAUAUUUCCCAUAGACUUUUAGCUAAUAUCUGGAGCUUUUAGCUGCAAAAAAAGUUUAUUGAAACCCCCCAAAGUGCUGAAAAAUGACCCAAAAUACCGUUGUGUUUUUUCAGCCUAAUGCAUGGGCAUUGGCCAUGCGAACCAUUGACUUGAAUGGGUCCGCGAUCCCAAAAAGAUGGGGCAUGUCCGGCAUGGAUCAGAAGCCCAAGGAAACACUCGGAAGCGCUUCUGUGGGCUUGUGGGUCCAUGCUUCCGCACAGCAAAAGAUCGGAAUCGCAGAUCCAUUCAAGUCAGUGGGUCCACACCGCAAUGAGGUCCGCAACGCUGGCACGUGGAUGAACCAUAAAGGGGUUAGUCCUGGAGCAGGAAAAAAGUAUCUACUGUCUUCCAGAAACUGCCAUUCGUGUCCCUUUGCUCUGUCUGGUAUUGCAGCUCAUCUGAAUUAUAGUGAAUAUCACUGGACAUGGGUGGCGCAGUUUCUGGACAGAGUAGGUUUUUCUCAUUUUAGCUAACUUUACUCUCCUCAUGUAAGCCUGGCCUUGGUGAUCAUUUCACAGUCAUUUGUAUGAUGCUUGUUUUUAAUGAGGGGGGGGAGGGAAGGUUUAGUUUGCCAGGUGGAGGGCUAUUGAAUCUCACAGAGGGGCAUUCGUUCUUUCCACUAAAGGACUGCAGUCCUAUUCGCAAAAGGAAAUAAUAUGGGUGUGGACAAAAAUGAAUUUGGCAGUUUAAUGCGACAUUGUAUCCGAUGGUCAAUGGUGUCGCAGAGCUACUCAUCACAAUCGCAGGAAGACCAGCAUAUUUAGUCCCAAGUCACAUGUAACUUGGCUGCUUCUUUCUGGCCAAAUCACAGCUGUAAAUUAGUUGCGUGACAGCAAAUUGCAGACAAGUCGAACAAAUAUUUCUGGUCACCUGGGUUUUCUAAGACCUGCCGUCACUCGACAUGUCACCAUGUAUCCCUAGUCUAAAGAGGCAAUUAAAGGGGUUGUCCACUUUUUACUAUUGAUGACCUAUCCUCAGGAUAAAUCAUUAAUAUCAGAUCGGUGCCACACCCGCCGAUCAGCUGUUUGAAGAGAAGGCCGUGCCCGCACGAGUGCUGCCUUCUCUGCUUUUUUUUUUUUACCUUUUAGCCACAGCAAUUUUAGCGGUGAGCAGGUGUAAUUUCAAGUAUGGUGUCCCCAUUCACUGCCACGGGACAGCUCCUUUCUAUUCAGUUGAACAGACAGAGGUGUCGCAUAGAAGCGAAGGGGGAUACUGUAGUUGUAAUUACACGUGCUCCCACGGCAAUUGCUGCGGCUAGCAGGUAAGGGUACUUUAACACUAGCGUUUGAAUCCGGCAGACAGAUCCGGCAACCAGGAUACAGACAACCUUUUUUUCUGGAUCCGUUAGACGUAUCCGGUGAAAUACUGGAUCCGUCUCCUCCGGAACAACGGAUCCAGUAUUAUUUAAAAAUUUUUUCAAAAAUCAAAGCUAGCCUGCUCUUCCUAUAACCCGGCGCAUGUGCAGACCAGAAAACAGGAUCCGGCGAUGUGGAAAUAUCCGGAACACUUGGUACCGGAUCCAGCAUGAAUACAUCUCUUUGAAAAUGAAUGCUGAAUCCGGCAAGUGCGGUAUUGUUCCAGUAUUUUGGCUGGAAAAAAUACUGCAGCCAGCUGCGUUAUUUUGUUCAGUCGGAUACCGUACAACGGAUGGAACGAAAUAAAUUCUUAUGUAUACUGAACAGAUUGCUUUCCAUUCAGAAUGCAUUAGGACAAAACAAAUGCGUUUUUUUUUUUCCGGUAUUGAGACCCUUUACUGGAUUUCAAUACCGGAAAAGAAUAACGCUACGUGAGAUUACCCUAAAGAGAGCAGAGAUGGUAACUCUUAUAUGAGCACUGCCUUCAGCAGGGGUGCCAGGAGUCAGACCCCUGCCAAUGUGAUAUUGAUGACCUAUCCUAGGGACAGGUCAUCAAUAGUAAAAAGUGGACAACCCCAUUUAAAUUUCCUGAAACAAGCCGCAAUUGACGAUACAGCAAUUCAAUUGAUGCUCAUUUAUGGGUCUGUAAUGGUCCUCAGGCACGGUCAGAUGUCCUCAGGCAGUUUUGGAAGCCAAAAUCGGGAGGGGAUCCUAAAAGGAGAGAAAGUACACCCUUAGAGUGCCUUCACGUGUGUCGGGUUUUGUUGCAGAAAUUUCAGUGAUUUAAAAUCUGUUCAAUGGAGCUGUUUUUCAAUUAUAGAAAUUUCUUCAAAAAAAUCUGCUGUGUGUGAAUGCACCCCUAGGCUUGACAAUAACUGGAAGCAAACGCUUGUACGCCUGUGUGUUUCCAUCAUAAUGGACAGCACCCCCCCCCCCCCUGUUUACGUGAGCGAAUAUGCUGCCAUCGAAUCAUCAUUUUCAUAAAAGAUGCGGUCAGUGCCAAGUGAAUGAGUUAUCGUUCAUUUGAUUGACACCUUUUUAUUGGACGGUUUUGGGGAGCAUUAAUUCAGGUGUAAAAGGUCCAUAAACCAGCCUUUAUUACUGCAACUUCUUAUCUGUGUGUGGACAGAUUGCUGAGCAGCUUUUUCCACGGCCCUGUAGUAAGAACCCUUAUAGACUGUACAAAUGUGCCGGGCAUUCUGCGACUUGUCUAACCCAGGUUUCUGCCCACCUUAUUCCCUGUGAUGAGUUGACAAUGGACAGCCUUUUCUCAGCACCAAUCCUAUUCUUCAGGCCUCCUGUCUUCUCCAUGUAUUUCAUGUGUGUGUUUGGUUUGUAAUUGCUUCUGGUUCCCUCUCAACAAGCUACAUGUGUCCUCCUUGUAAGCCAUCCCUUGGCUCCAACAAGCCGCCCUACCAUGAAUUUGCUAAGCAUCAUGCCGAUGUACACCAUCUCCCUACUACCAUUGUAGCUGCUCAUGUUGUCUCGUGUAGCUUGGCAUGAUCCCAGUAUACUUCAGUACCUUUUAAAAAAAAAAAAAAAAGUGAGGAACCAAAUCUGAACGCCCCGGAGCCGAGUACAAGUGUAUUUAAUGAUGAUGUAGUCGUAAGUUUGAAGUAAUGUGGUUUAUAAGCAAGUGGAUUUCAUGUUAGAACAACCUUCCAGCCGCAUAUGUAUAAAGAGCUAAUAUUGUUUAGGAGACAAUUUUUACACCGCUUUCUCUUUCGACUUUACUGUCCAGUCUGUAUUUAGAAUUUUACCCCCUCUCAAGUCGUCUUGUUUUGUUACAAGAUUUGUAAUUUAAUAAAGAUUACAUUUUAUCAGCAA